AUGCAAUGGCUAAUUAUUUUCGCAUGGGCAUUUUUAGAUCCUGUCAUCGGGCGUGACGAAGAAAUUCGACGAACGCUUGAAGGUAUAUUGGCGCGUCGUACCAAGAAUAAUCCAGUCUUGAUUGGUGAUGCAGGUGUCGGAAAAACGUCUAUUGCAGAGGGUCUGGCGCAACGUAUCAUUGCCAAUGAAGUGCCGGAAUCCAUUCAGAACAGACGUGUUAUUGCGCUUGAUCUCGGUGCUCUUGUUGCCGGUGCCAAAUAUCGCGGUGAAUUCGAAGACCGUCUUAAAGGCGUCCUGAAGGAAGUAACAGAAGCAGAAGGAAAAAUCAUUCUCUUUAUCGACGAAAUUCAUACACUCCUUGGCUUGGGUAAAUCCGAAGGCGCCAUGGAUGCCGGCAACUUGUUAAAGCCGGCUCUUGCUCGAGGUCAAUUGCGCUGUGUAGGUGCUACGACGGUUGAUGAGUAUAGAAAGUAUAUCAUGCAAGACCCUGCGCUGGCCAGACGAUUCCAGCAAGUGAUGAUUGAUGAACCAACUGUGCAAGACACAAUUUCAAUUCUGAGAGGAUUGAAAGAACGUUAUGAAGUCCAUCAUGGUGUGAGAAUAGCGGAUUCGGCACUCGUAUCGGCUGCCAUACAUUCGCAUCGUUAUAUUACCGAUCGAUUCUUGCCUGACAAAGCUAUCGAUUUGGUUGAUGAAGCGUGUUCGAAACUAAGAUUGCAACAGGAAAGCAAACCAGAACAACUCGAGAACCUUGAUCGUCAGAUCAUGACGAUGCAAAUUGAACUGGAAUCGCUGCGUAAAGAAACGGACACUUUAUCUGUGGAAAGAAGGGAAAAACUCCAGUCAGAUCUGAACGAGAAGCAGAAAGAAAGUGAGCGCUUGACGUCUCUUUGGAACGACGAGCGACAAAAAUUAGAAGAAGUCAAAAAGAUAAAGGAAGACUUGGAACAAGCUCGUGUGGAUUUGGAGUCAGCUCAACGUGGUGGCAACUACCAACGCGCAUCCGAAUUACGUUACGGUGUCAUUCCUAACCUGGAAAAGAAACUUCCAAAGGAUAGCAACGAGGACAAUGCUACGUCGUUUAUUCAUGAACGUGUCACUUCGGAUGAUAUUGCCGGUGUUGUAUCUCGUAUGACCGGCAUUCCCGUCACUAAUUUGAUGAAAGGCGAACGCGAGAAAUUGCUCCAUAUGGAGGAUGUACUACGUCAACGCGUUGUUGGGCAGGAUGAAGCUCUUAGUGUAAGUCACCAAACAUCAUUGAGUCGCGCUGGAUUACAGAACCCAUCUCGUCCCAUUGCUUCAUUCCUUUUCCUUGGACCCACUGGUGUUGGCAAGACUGAACUGUGCAAGACUAUUGCCAAAUUCUUGUUUGAUUCUGAGAAUGGAAUUGUGCGUGUUGACAUGUCCGAAUACAUGGAGAAAUUCUCCAUCAGCCGCUUGAUUGGUUCGCCACCUGGUUACGUUGGUCACGAAGAGGGAGGCGAAUUAACUGAAGCCGUCCGUCGCAAGCCGUAUGCUGUGGUGUUGUUGGACGAAAUGGAAAAGGCACAUAGAGAUGUCUCCAAUAUUUUGCUACAAGUGCUGGAUGAUGGUGUGCUGACCGACAGCAAGGGACGAAAAAUCGACUUCCGUAAUACCAUCAUUAUCAUGACCUCGAAUUUGGGAGCCGAAUCCUUGACUGCCAACAUACGUAGUGAUGGUCUGGUGAUCUUUAACGGUCUGUCGAAACGUGCCCUUCGUGAAAUUGUGGAUGUGCGACUCAAAGAAGUCGAGGAACGCACAAAGGAUCGCCGCAUCAAGCUUGAUAUCGAUCUAACUGCUCGCGAUUGGUUGGGCGAACGAGGUUACAAUCCUGCCUAUGGUGCCCGACCUUUGAACCGUUUGAUUCAAAAGAAGUUGUUGACCCCUCUUGCACGUCUUUUGAUUGACGGUGGUAUUCGCACCGGUGAAACUGUGAAAAUCCGUGUCAAACAAUUGGAAAGUGGAGAGACGGACAUUGAAGUGCAACGAAACCAUCAAGCCAGCAAGGAUGUUCCGGAUGAACAAGACGCGUUGGAUGCCAACAUGGCCCCCCCUUGCAUAAUUCAUACUUCGUUUAUCUUUCUGUUUAUCUGUCAAAAAAUAUGCCUGUGCGAGAAGCUGAUAAAGUCGUCUACCUUGAACACCCUUCUGGCGCCAAAGCCGAACUCCUUUUUUUUCUUGAUUUUGCCAAACUUAAUUUUAUUCGACUUCAGCAAAAAGGCUUUGAGGGAUGGUUCGAAAGCGAUUCGUGGCGGCAUUCCUAUUUGUUUCCCCAUUUUCGGCACCAAAGACAAGAUCCCGCUCCCUCAGCACGGUUUUGCGCGCAAUAACUAUUGGGAGUAUGUUGGCGACAUUACCGAUGACGCGAAUGAAGUCGCUGUUCGCUUUGUGCUCAAGGAUAACCAGCUUCCUCAAGACACGCGAAGCAAGUGGCCUCACUCCUUCCGCUUGACGUAUACUAUCACGUUGAGUGCCAAGUCCAUCAAAACAUUCUUGGUGGUCAAAAAUGAAGACGAGGAUACGUUUGAAUUCAAUACAUUGCUUCAUUCUUAUUUCCGCAUAUCGGAUGUGGACAAGGUUUCUGUAUCAGGUUUGAACGGAUGUCAAGUGAUUGACAAAGUGGAAGGAGGCAAAAAAGGCACAGAAAGCCAACAAAACGUUACCAUCUCGUCCGAAGUCGAUCGUGUGUACAUGAAUACGCCCGAUCAAUUGCACAUUAUCGUAGGCGAUGCUCCCGUUGUGAACAUUGAAAAAUCCAACUUGAAGGAUACAGUUGUGUGGAAUCCAUGGAUCGAGAAAGCAAAGGGUUUAGCUGAUUUUGGUGACGAGGAGUAUAAAAACAUGAUUUGUGUUGAAGCCGGUUCUGUAGCCGAUUGGGUCAAAUUAGCUGGAGGUCAGACAUGGACAGCCGGUCAAACCUUGUCGAUUCCAUAG